CUCCGGCGGGGUCAUGUGCAAAGGCUCUAUUCCAACUCAGGGGCAGCUGAAAGGGGGCCGGUACCAGUUGCUGGAAGGGGGCGAAUGGCCGGCGCGAGGAGAGGGGCUCGGCGCCCGGAUUCCCUUGGAGGGCGAGAGCCGACCCAGCUGCCUGCCUGAUCUCCUGAGACCCGGUUUGGGAACUAGUGCCAGAUCCCAAAGUUCUCCAAGAGAACUUGAUUACCUGGGCCAUGACGAGCAACCUGGACAUCUUUGUGGGCAACACCACCCUGAUUGAUGAGGAGGUCUACCAACUCUGGCUGGAUGGCUACACGGUGAACGACGCGGUGACGCGCCGCAUCCGCAGCGGGAUCCUGGAGCAGACGGGGGCCACGGUUGACGUGCUCCAGAGCGACACCAUGGACCACUACCGCACUUUCUACAUGCUGGAGCGCCUCCUGCACUCGCCUCCCAAGCUGCUGAACCAGCUGCUCUUCCAGAUCCCCCCUUGUCGCCAGACCAUGCUGAUCGAGAGGUAUUACGCCUUCGACGAGGCCUUUGUACGGGAGGUGCUGGGCAAAAAGCUCUCCAAAGGCACCAAGAAAGACCUGGACGACAUCAGCGUCAAAACCGGGGUGACCCUCAAGAGUUGUCGGCGGCAGUUUGACAAUUUCAAGCGGGUCUUUAAGGCCGUGGAAGAGCUCCGUGGGUCUCUGGUGGAAAACAUUCAGCAGCAUUUCCUGCUCUCUGACCGGUUAGCCGGGGACUAUGCAGCCAUCGUUUUCUUCGCCAACAGCCGAUUUGAGACAGGCAAAAAGAAGCUGCAGUACCUGACGUUUGAAGACUUUGCGUACUGUGCUGAGCAGAUGAUUCAGAACUGGACUUUGGGGGCGGUGGAUACAAAUGUGGAUGAUAUGGAUGUCGACCUGGACAAGGAAUUCUUGCAGGGCCUGAAGGAGCUAAAGAUUCUGAUUGCUGACAAAGACUUGUUAGAUCUGCACAAGAGUUUGGUGUGCACAGCCUUGCGGGGAAAGAUUUCUGUGUACAACGAGGUGGAAGCUAAUUUCAAGAACCUAUCCCGAGCCCUGAUCAAUAUUGCCUCAAAGCUCACCCACAGCAAAGAUGUCCGUGACUUUUUUGUGGAUCUGGUGGAGAAGUUUGUUGAGCCUUUUCGGUCGGACAAAUGGAGCCCAAACGACGUGCGUCUCUUUCUGACACAGUACACGGCUUGUGCUCACACGCUGGAUGCCUUCAGGCAUCAAGCUCUCUGGGAAAGAUACAUGGGGACGCUGAAAGCUUGCCUUCUGAAGAUGUACCACGACUGAGCUCUGCACUUAGUUCUUUAUUAUUAUUAUUUUUUGUUGGGGGGCGGAGGAAAUCACCUUUAGGUGCAACAAGUUCCAGGCAAAAGAGAACCCGGAGACCUUCUUCAGGGGAGACGUUUGCUGUUUGCUUGCUGGCUGCGGCUGUCCUGCACAGACACACACAGUUGUGUGUCCACACACGGCGCGACCACCAAGUGUCACUCUUUUCUCUCUACAUCUUCAGCAAUUAAGGGUUAAAACUGUUGUUGGCGUUGAGAAAUAAAGGAGGAGUCCUCACGGAUGUU